CAACUCUCCGACGCGUUCGGGCGCUCCGCGACGAUCUGAACCGUGAGUCGUGCUGAGCGGGGUCCAGCGGCUGUGCUGAGAGUCUGACAGCCCCACUUGUUUUCUUACAGCUCUCGAAAUACCUAGGUCACGGCUGGGGGCUGAAAGAGUUGUCAUCUUUCAAGAGAUAUUUAUUAAUUAUCCUCAAGCCCAUAAUGGACCCCAAACACCAUUCAGAGCCCCUAGUUACGACUUGGGAAUGACCAUGGCAUCGCAGGUAUCCCCCAACGACUUCAUCAACAUCACCCGACCUCAAUCACGAGCUCUAAGCAUGAACGGCGAGGCCUUCGCCGCCGCCGCGCUGCGGACACCCCUGUUCGUCAAGAAGCAGGCGCCACAGAGGAACAUCGACGAGUUCUGGGACAAGUUCACAACGAAACACCCGGGAAAGAUCUUCACGAUCCUGCCGGACAACCUGUACGCCAAACGUGCAGCGGCACAUGCGCCCAAAGGAGCUAUUCCAGGAAAGAAUGCCCUUGCAUCUUAUGAAGAAGCUGUCUUUGCUUGUAAAGCUAAGGUGGCCAAGAUUGUCAGAGAGUGCCGGAGACUGAACCAGAAGUAUCGCGACCCUCACUUCGACAUUGAGGCCGACUUCAAGAGAACGCAAGCCUUCCCAGAUAUACCUCCUGAUUGUCUGACAAGCCUGGACAAGGAAGUAUCUGACUUUCAGCCCAUGUCUGUCAAAAGGGUAGAGGACAUCUUCGAGAGUCCUCAAUUCUUCAUUGAAGGCGCGACCGCGAACGAUGUGCGACAAGGCAACGAUGGCGACUGCUGGUUUAUGUCAGCUUUAGCAACGAUAAGCAACAAGGAGGAAUUGAUACAAAGAGUGUGUAUUGCUCGAGACGAGCAAGUCGGUGUAUAUGGAUUCGUCUUCCACAGAGACGGCGAAUGGAUCUCUGAGGUUAUUGACGACAAGCUAUACCUCAUCAAGGAGGACUUCGAUGAGGCAAAGAUCGAGCGCUACCAUUGGCUGGAGCUCCAGAACCGCAAAAGUCCCGAGGAGGAAUACAGAACGGUCAUGCAGACAGGCUCGAGAGCCUUAUACUUUGCACAAUGCAGCGACUCGAACGAGACUUGGCUUCCCCUUCUCGAGAAGGCCUUCGCGAAGGCUCACGGCGACUAUUCGGCUAUCGACGGCGGCUUCGUGGGCGAGGGAAUCGAAGAUCUGACAGGCGGUGUCACCUCGGAGAUCUUCGCUACCGACAUUCUGGACAAAGACAAGUUUUGGCGCGAGGAGCUCAUGAACGUCAAUAAGACAUUCCUCUUUGGUUGCGGUCAGAUGGGCGGCAUCUACGGUGAGCGCAAGGGCAUUCAAGAGAAGCAUGCAUAUUCUAUUAUGGAAGCUCGUGAGAUCGACAACCAGCGCUUGCUCAAACUGCGUAACCCGUGGGGUCGGACCGAAUGGACUGGCCGUUGGAGUGAUGGUUCGGAGGAGUGGACCCCUGAGUGGAUGCAGAAGCUCAACCAUAAGUUCGGCGACGACGGUGUCUUCUGGAUCUCUUACAAAGACCUGCUCCGGAAUUACCAACACUUCGAUCGCACUCGCCUCUUCGGUCCCGAAUGGACCGUCUCUCAGCAAUGGACAAGUGUCAAUGUCCCUUGGAGCGUCGACUAUCUGGAGACCAAGUUCAAGGUCACUUUGGACAAGCCCAGUCCCGUCGUCAUCGUGCUCAGUCAACUCGACGAUCGCUACUACCAAGGUCUCGAAGGACAGUACGAGUUCAACUUGCAAUUCCGCCUUCACAAAGACGAUGAGGACGAGUACAUCGUUCGCAGCAAUGGGACGUACUACAUGAAGCGAUCUGUCUCGACCGAGCUAGAUCUUGAGGCUGGUAAUUAUACUGUUCUACUGAAGAUCAAGGCAACUAGGUCUCAAGACCAGACUCCGGACGAAGUUAUCAGAGCGACCUGUACCAGGCGACGUGAGAAGCUGUUGGCAACUGGUCUCUCCUACGACCUGGCGCACGCAAAGGGACAAUUCAGAGAGUAUGAGAAGGAGAAGGCUGAACACCGUCGCGAGCAGAAGAACCGAAGUAAGAAAGCUGAAGCGAAGCGCGCCUUUGAACGCGAGAAGAAGUUGCGCAAGAAGCAAAGGCUUCGAGAGCAGAAGAAGGCAGCUAAAGAAACUCGCAGGAUGAAUCCACAGGGAGAGAUCAAGGAAGUUGUGCACAGACUCCAAGACCUUGGUCUGGGCAUUGCUGUUGAAGAGGAGAACCGCACAGCCAGCGAGGAGGAAGCUAAGCCUAGCCAUCCAGCUGUCACAAGGCAUCAGUGUGCUACAAGUGCUAGUGUUGUUGGUGAACGCUCAUCAAGUCCAAACGGCUUCCAAGGUCGUGGCGGUUACAAUCGUGGUCGCGAUGGCUACAACGCCGCCCUUCCGGGGGCCCUCCAAGGUCGAGGAGGCUAUAAUCGCAACGAACAACACGGCUCAGCCAUGGCGGAAGCGCUUACUCUUCAAGGACGUGGCGGCUCCCCAGCCAGCAACCAAGGUUUUCAAGGUCGUGGCGGAUACAAUCAGAAUAUGCCUGGAGAAUUCCAGGGCCGGGGCGGCUACAACGCUGAACUUACCGGCUCCUACCAGGGUCGCGAUGGAUACAACGGCCGUGACGGGUACAAUGGAAGGGGCGGUUACAAUGAGAGUCAGAUCACUGACUCGCCAAUCCCUACGCCCCAGCCUACUCCCCAGCUUGAGGAAUUCCACCCUGGCACUCCAUCUGAGGUGCCCUACAGUCCGCAGCCUGAACGCAGAGCAAGGACAUCCCCAGCACCAUCGCGCCGCGCUACGCUUUCGCCUAUCCCUGGUGUACGACCCGCCAUACAUAUCACACGAGGCCGUGGUACCAGCGUAAAUUCGCUGAAAACCCGACAUGGUACCUACUCACCGAACGAGAUGUCUGACAACUCCUCUUGGGACUCUGAUCUGGCAGACUCCAUCGAUACUGAUGUCUCUGACGAUGACGUGAAUUCGCCACGUCUAAUUUCGCAGAGCCAGAUCCGCUACCAUAAGCACAAUGGUCGGAAAUACUACGCCACCGAGGACAGAGACGAGGAUGAGUUUGAGCGUGACCCCUGGAAUGCUGUUUGCGUUAUCGGUCUUCGCGUCUUCUCUAAAGAUGCGGAAGUCGCCAUCGAGGUACAGCACGGCGAGCCAGGAAAGAAGCGCGACGCAGACGCAGAGAGUGGGGCAAGCGUCAGCACUAUUCGCAGACGCCAGAAAGAGCUUGAUGUUGAUGACAGCGCUGCUGAUGCGACGUCGCCGAUGCGGACCAAGAGCAACAUGGACGAGGCUCUGAAGGGCGAGGAGAAGAGGCAGGCUGAGGCUGAGCUGGUCAGUCACGUUGAGACUGCGCCUGCAGGCAACGAGCUUAGUCGUCAAGGUACCCUUUCCUAGAACUUCGGUCUUCCAGCAUACUUUCGUUUAAUUAUAGGGAAUUAGUUCACUGCAUGGUGUGUACAAGAUGUGAGGCAAGCAAGCCGUUUUCGGAUUCAUUUCUGAGCGAUAUACCUGUCAUUACCCUUGCGAGAAUUAGUACAGUAAUGCAUGUCGUCUCUACCCA